UCGACUGAUGACCUACUUCCAUUUCCCCUAUCAGUGAAUGCACGCCUCUUAUGUGCUGAUUCAACUCAAUUGUGCAGCUUGUUGAAGGUACAGAAAGCAAAAAGAAUUCAAUAAAAUCAUGCGGGCGUUUUUCUUGUUAGCGCUGACGGCGCUGUCCCUGAGCCCAGUGCUGGUCCACGGGUCCGAGAAGAAGAAACUUCAGAUCGGUAUCAAGAAGCGAGUGGACAAUUGCCCCAUCAAGUCCCGCAAUGGAGACGUGCUGAACAUGCAUUACACCGGGAAGCUGGAGGACGGCACCGAGUUUGACAGCAGCAUUCCCCGUGGCAGACCCUUCACCUUCACACUGGGCAGCGGUCAAGUGAUUAAAGGUUGGGACCAAGGCCUGCUUGGCAUGUGCGAGGGAGAGAAGAGGAAGUUGGUCAUCCCCUCCGAGCUUGGUUACGGAGACCGAGGAGCGCCACCCAAGAUCCCGGGAGGAGCGACCUUGAUCUUUGAGGUGGAGUUGCUCAGCAUCGAGAAGAGAUCCGAGCUUUGAUGGAGGGGUGUUAAAAUAGCCUGGAGAUGCAUCUUUUCUUGGAAGGCACAUCUGACAUCACUGAACAAAACAGCGUGAUAAAUUUCAGAUCGGACUUCAACAUCAACGCAUUACAUACUCUAUGCUCUUUAUUUUACUGGAACAAUGUUGUUAAAAUAAGAACUGGCCUACUGUAAUGGAUAAGAAACACUGCAGCAUUCCAAUGAAUUACAAUAAUAUUUUUUCUGUUAUGAAUAGGCAUAUUUAUGUCAUUCUUUUUCUUAUAAUAGACCAGGCAGAUAAUUUCACCAACUGCGGUGAUAGACAACAAACAAUGUCAGCUAUCGUUGACUUUUUUUUUGUAAAAGGAUAAAAAGUGACCUUUGAAAAAACAAGACUUUUUUUUAUUUCCCUUAUAAAAUGUGUUUUUAAAAAAACAUCUUUGAAUAUCUAAUAGAUACAGUCCCACUCUCACUAUUCUGAUUACAGUAUAUAUUAACUGCAUUUCCGCUUGAAUUUAUACGCUAAAAGUGUUUAAUGAUUGACUAGAUGUAUGAAUUGAAAGUUUGGGUGGCCGGAAGGAGAAGAGAAUCGGCUGGAUGUCAGGGGGAUGAUGCAUAGAACACUUGUGGUUUGUGACAACUUAUGAUUUUCAUGAGAGGUUAAUGAUCGAGUACUACUUGUC